AUGUCCCAUAGCAUCUGGGGCUUUAAACUCCUCGGAAACAACCGGGUGGUCACGCACUCCCCCAGCAACAUGCGCGUGGCCCUAACCUUUGAGGGCAAAGACAAGUACUCCACAUACUUGGAGUACCUGCAGCCGUUUCUUGAGCAGAUGGACAGCCUGGCAAACGAGGGGUUGCGGUUAGACGAAACCCAUUACACGGUAACCCAAACCCUGGGGGCAGACUACGUCCUGAUGGCCGAGCUCCUGGGCCAUUCCGGAGCCUCCUCCCUCACCGGGUGCUGCUUCUGUGAGAAGCAUAGAGACAAUUACGGGAAGCUGGGUGUGGUGAACGGGAAGAAAGUGCCCCUGCCAGCUAAGCCGCGCACCACAGAGAGCAUGGCCGCUGCGACGCACCGGCCGUGGCGAACCGGACCAGACGUGGAGUGCCCCUACUGCCAUGAGAAAUUCCCCAAUCAGGCAGCCGUCGACGCCUCGGUCCCCCCCACAACCAAACAGGAGAUCAAAAACUUCCAGCAGUCCCACGCCGGAAUGCGGUUCGGAACCCCCCCAAUCUUCAAGUUCCCCCUCUCAGCCUACGCAGUCUGCAUUCUCCAUCUUCUCCUCCGCCUCAUGGCGAUCACCUUUCAGCAGACUGUGGCCAUCAAUCUAAACACCCCUGAGAAAACCGACGCAGCAAACGCCCUCAUCAAAGCCCUUCACCUUGGGGUAAAAAAACUGGAGCAGCGGACGACGAGCGGGGAGAAGAAGAAGGACACGCAGGAGAUCAACUUCAUUGGGAGGGAAGCGCGCGUUCUCCUGCAUCCAAAGGCCUACAACGCCUUCCUGGACAUUGCCAUCGACGACGACACCAAGCGGGCAGAGGCGGCAGUGAUCUGGGACAACCUGGCUGCGUUCUACAACGAGCUGCUGCAGCCACUGCAGAAUCCGGAGAACAAAGACGAGCGGCUGGCGAAGGCGAGCGUGGUGCAGGACAAGGGCGUGGCGUUUGUGGACAGCUUCACGGCGCAAGUGGGGGCUGGCAAGGCGACACUCUACUGCCACCUGGCGGUAGAUCACGUACCUGACAUGGUCGCCCGCUUCCCCGUCAACUUCUCCGACAUGUCACAGCAGUUCGUGGAGCACAAGCUGAAAGAGGGCAAAACGGACAUGCAGUUAUUCACCAACCGGCGUUUGGUGGACGAGCGGGUGAAGAUGGGGCGCAAUCAGCAGGUGAUGGCGAAGGGGAGGGAGCGGCUGAAUAUCGAGAGGGAAGUCCCUCUGCCGCCCACGAGGAACGAGAGAAGCCGGAGCAAAGCUCAGUUGGAGAAGAAGUUGGAGAAGUGGGGGCCGGACAUCGCCCGUGUGUACACGGGGUACAAGGAGAUUGUGGAGCAGCUCACCGAGGCGGAAGAGUCCACUGGGGAGGAUUCUGUCAGCGCACGCUUGAUGGUACUGUCCGAAAACCGGACGCCAGGAGCUGGGAUCGACGGCCCCGUGGGGGAGUCGCAGGGGCCAGCACCAACGGGGGGCGCCGCCGCAUCGGCGGCAGCACCAGCGGGCGCCGCAGCAGCGAGAGGGGGCGCGGCAGGACCGAGGGGGGGCGCGGCAGGGGCGAGGGGGCCCGCGGUCGCCGCAGCGAGGGGAGGCAGGGGUGGAGGAAGAACCCGGGGGAGAGGCAGGGGCCGAGGUGGCGAAAGAGCGAUUGGCCCGAGGGUGGCGUCGUCUGCAAGACCCAUUUGA